UCCAUGUGUAUAGCAUAGCACCGUCCGUAGUUUAUACGCGUUUAGGAAUUUGUAUCAUUUUACCCAAAAUUGUACCAUCAUUUAGUUAUUUUGGGCUUACCAAAUUUCUCCCCCUAUCUCCUUUCGAUUGGAUUCUGCAAAUUAUUGACUAAGCCACUGCGUUUCCCUCACUGCAAUUGCAAUUGCAAUUGCAAUUGCAGGCCGUUGUUUGUACGUUCUCUGUCUCUCAUUGCAUCUUCUUUUCUAUUUUGUUUUUUAAUUUUAAAACCUUCUCAUCUCUUUCUAAUCUUCCCUUUCCAUUCUCUUUUUAAAGAAUUCUGAUUCUGACAUCUGCUUGCCGCAUGAUGCUGUUGGUUAAUGAAUUGUCACUUUGUAGGUUCAUCCCAAGCUAUGACCACGACAACCAGGUUGUCUCGGAAUUCUAUUGUUUCCAUUUUUAAGCUUUCCAAUUCAAGUGAUGCGGCUUUGAAUCUUGGACCAUGCUCUCAUAAGAAUGUUUGCUCCUUUGGAUGGAAGCUCCAUUCUCAGCCAUGUUUCAUUCAUGUCAAUAAUUUCAGGAAAAUGGAAUGGUCUGUUAGAAGCAAUGUGGAUGCCAGUGGGUUUGAUCCUUCUUCCAGCAACGGUGGGCGGCCCAGAUUAAUUAGGGCCAUCCAAGGUAUUCAAACCAAACUAGGUGUGAGGAUUCAGGAGCUAAGGAAAAAUCUCCCCAUGAAGAUACUCUUUUUCUUGGUAGGAUUUUAUUGUGCAACAGCAUUUGCAACUUUUAUUGGGCAGACAGGUGACUGGGAUAUCCUAUCCGCUGCCUUGGCUGUGUUUGUUGUAGAGGGUAUAGGAGCCCUCAUGUAUAGGGCUUCUCUUCCUGUACUCAACAAUGUUAGGAGUCUGAUCACCAUAUUUAACUAUUGGAAAGCUGGCCUUUCUCUUGGUCUCUUCUUGGAUUCAUUUAAGUAUGAAUUGGAUAAGAUUACUGGCUUUAGCAAUCCCUUGAGUUUUGACCUGGAUGUGUUUGCUCUAUUCAUGUAGCCUGCUGCUGUUACCAUAUGCUGUUAUGGUAACAUAUCAUGCAUCUAUCAUAAGAAACACAACACAAGUUAGUCAAGACUUGAAUCCAUGCAUGGCCCCAAACCUCUGGUUGCCACUCAUGCCCUUUGAUGGACUAUAGUGGUGGCAUUAAGAAGGAAGCAGUCCAGUUGAAAAGUUCUUCGGAGAAAAAAAUGUUGCUCAUUUCAUACAGAGAAGAAAUUCCUUGGACUUGUCACCUUUGGUGUCUUUUGGUUCCUUAAGUUCAUUCUUAACUUCAAAUGGCAUGUAGAAUUUCCUGGUUAUAGUUUUCCCAGUACUGGAUCAUAUGAUCAUUUGAAGAUGAGAUAGUUGAGAAGUUUUUUCCAUGCUACAGUUUAGCCCAGAUGACUGAUUCCAUGACUGAUUCCCCAAGUACGUACUUAACUUUGGAAAUGCUUCCCAUGGUUUCAAGUUCCACAGCUUAUGGGUUGGAAUUUGUGAAUAGUUGAAGAUGAGUGAAGUAUUAAAGCAUCUAUCUAUAUACCUUUCAGCAGAUGUCUAUAAAUUUAUGACAUACAAUGUUCUAUAGGAAUGGCUAAUAUAUUUAUGACAAAUCUGACUCAAUUCUAUGGUUCAGUUAA